ACAACAAAAAUGGCGUCCAUCCGUGUGGGCUGAUGGUACUCUCAAUUUUUCUCAGAACGUAAUUAUACGGCUUCUUGUUAGAGAGGAAAGUGACAAAUUACCUGACAGCGCGACCAUGGAAGUUCAGCAUCGCCUGAGAUUGCUGUCAAGGAUAAUUGGGAUGAAAGGCCCGGUCAUUUGCAGAGCCAUAGUCACUGCAACGCAACGAUCAGGACUAAGUUACACUGUCGGCAGACGCCUGUCACCGACGUGGAGAAGAGGAGCAUCUGCAGGGUGGUGCAGGUCGUUCUCCGACGCCUCUGCGAGAACUUGCAGAGCGCUGGUUUACAGGAAACAUGGAGAUCCUCCAGAAGUCGUUCAGUCUGAGAACAUGGAGUUGCCCCUUAUGGGUGAAAAAAGUGUCCUUGUGAAAAUGCUGGCUGCUCCAAUCAAUCCUUCUGACAUCAACAUGGUGCAAGGCACGUAUGCCAUCCUGCCAGACCUCCCAGCAGUUGGAGGUAAUGAGGGGGUGGGCCAGGUCUUGGAGGUGGGCAGACAAGUGACAUCUUUAAAGCCAGGUGACUGGGUGAUCCCAAGAGAUGCUGGACUAGGCACAUGGCGCACUACAGCUGUGUUCAAUGAGGCGUCCCUGGCUGAGGUACCCAGAGAUAUUCCUCUGUUGGCAGCAGCCACUCUAGGCGUCAACCCCUGCACGGCCUACAGGAUGCUGUCCGACUUCGAGACCCUGCAACCCGGUGACUCUGUGAUCCAGAACGCUGCCAACAGUGGUGUGGGCCAGGCCGUCAUUCAGAUCGCAGCUGCAAGGGGAAUCCACACCAUCAAUGUCGUCCGGGACCGACCAGACUUCCAGCAGCUGUCUGACAGGCUCCUGGCGAUGGGCGCCAGUCAUGUGAUCAAGGAAGAGACAUUGCGACAACCAGAAAUGAAGGACUUCUUUAAGAAGUGUCCUCGACCCAAGGUGGCGCUGAAUGCAGUGGGCGGAAAGAGCGCAACAGAGCUGCUCCGGCAUUUGCAGGGUGGUGGUACCAUGGUUACCUAUGGUGGAAUGGCAAAGCAGCCAGUCACUGUUCCAGUGAGUUCCCUGAUCUUCAAGGACCUGAAGAUGAGGGGGUUCUGGGUGACCCAGUGGAAGAGGGACCACGCCCACGAUGAAGGGGCACUGCUGGAGAUGUUGGCCCAGCUUGCAGCCCUGAUCCGGAAGGGGAAGCUCACUGCGCCGGCCUGUUCGGAGGUCAGCCUGCAGGACUUCAGGGGAGCGCUGGACCGUGCCAUGCAGCCGUAUAUCUCUGCCAAGCAGAUUCUGGUCAUGUGAUGCCCAACCAACCAAUAGGGAUCUGAUCAUCCUUUCACCCUGAACUAAUUAUUUGACAUUCUAAGUGGAUGGAGGAUAGCAGGCAAAUAUUGUUUUUU